GGAAACUAAAGAGACUUGCGCGGUAGAACAGCGUGUCAUUGAUCGAUCCCUUGCUUUUUAAGUGUUAUUUUGUUUUACACAGAGGGUUGAUGGUCUGCUGGCACACGGCGAAUGUGAAAUUGUCUCUAGUGAUGGCAUUUGUGUUUCGAAUUGCUCUCAAACAGUUGUUAGUCGAGUGGCAAAGCCCGGAAAUCAGUUGAUUGGGCGAUUAUGAUCACGUGAUUUUACAUUGAUUCAGUGAAAUCAUGUCGAGUGUCGGCUCAAUCGUGUUAUUGGUAACAGUGUUGGUGCUGAUCUGUCCUAUCUACGCGACCGGACACGACCAGUUGUUGGUUAGAGAGGAAAAUGUUUCGAGCAGUUUGAAUGUCUAUCACGACCAACAAGAGUCUCUGUUAACGAGAAGGAUUAGACAAUCCAGUGGGCUCCCUACGUCGAAUCAUACAUUGACUUGUCACCAGUGCAGGAGUUUUGAAGAUGGAGACCAGUGUAUCCAUCUACCGACUAAUUCUAGCAUCUUUAACGAGCCCUGUGGCUCCCACCAAACAGCCUGCAUGGUCAAGAGGUUUUCUUACACCGAGAAUGCCACAUCUCCAUUGGCACUUUGGUACAUUGAACGUAAUUGUUCCAGCAAAUGCGAGCCUGGCUGUCUGAUACUUGGGGAAAGAACCAAGCUCUACGCCUGCAUCUCCUGCUGCAACGAGAACUCGUGCAAUACAGGAAAUGGCGCCAACUACCAACGAUUCUCACUCGAUCUGGCGGUCGUGCAAAUUAUUUUUUUUAUCUUUCUAAAUUUGAUUAAACUCGCACAUUAACAAACAAAUUAACACAAAAAA